GUGCUCCUGUAUCUUCGCCAUUAUACAUCCCAGUUCCAGAUCUUUGUAUGAGACUGGAAUUGGAUUGUUCUUUGGGAGCCAGUGCUAGUCAGCGUCUAAGACCAUGAGCUCGUCUAGAGCCUUCCAAUGGGCCAGGGAGUUUUACAACCACCCUGCUGGCCCUAAGACCGUAUUUUUCUGGGCUCCCACUUUCAAGUGGAGCCUGGGCCUAGCCAACAUCGCUGACUACAACCGACCUCCAGAAAAGGUUUCCUAUCCGCAACAAUCGGCAGCCGCGGUGACCGGCCUCAUCUUCAUGAAGUACAGCCUUGACAUCGUCCCCGUCAACUGGAAUCUCUUCAGCGUCAACGCUUUCCUCUCCGCGACCGCCAUGUGGCAGCUUGCACGAAAGCUCCACCAAGAUUAUGUUCUGGAUGGUCCUCCAAAGCCCAAGGCCAUCACGGAGAACUGAUUGUUCUUGAUCUAUUCGAUUUUCUUACUACGAGGUGGGAGAUCUUUUGACUGCCAGUUUAGUAUACAUCGAACAGAUCUCGCAAUCUGUAUCUCAUGGUAUCCAGACAUUCCACAGCAUAGCAGUCUUCUCCUCCCGUGUACACAUAUACGUCAUAAAGAAGUAUCAUUUUAUUCCUCAUCUGGCUUGCAACGAUGCUGAGCAAAGGUAGGUCUGGGAAGCUGGGUGCGCGAAACUGGUACCGAGUGCGGUCAGAAAGAUAAGUCGGAAAUGUCAGGGGUCGUUGGCAGAUCCGUUCCUCGGUAACAUCAGCUCAUUCGAUGUCAGACCACGACAAAUCGAGAGAUUUUGUUUGAGCGUAAGCCGUCGAUUGCCUCCUACACACCCUCCCUCUUAUUCUGAUCCCCCCUUUCCCCCGUCUCCAACAGCUCUCCCCUUCCCUUAUUUCUCUGCCUUCCCCUCCCUUCGUCGUCUCUCCCCGUCUCCUUUCGCCUUGUUCUUGAUAUCUGUCCGCACCCUGGACUGACCCUCACCGCCAUUCUUCAAUACCCUUUCGUUUCUUUGUGUCCAAGUUCCACUCGUCCAGUUCCUGUUCAACAGCUUGCGUUGUCCUCCUGCCCUGCAUUAUCACCUCCUGUCCUUUUCCCUAGACCCCCCUUCACGCACCUUCCCCGCGUUCCUAGGGUGCCCUCUCCUCCCCGAAUUCUUCAUCCUCUUGUCCACCUGCCCCCACCUCUUUCUACACUCGCUCACUCACACACCCCAUUCUUUUCCUCGCCCCCCUUACCAUGCUAUUGCCUCCACUCUCCCCUACUCCCCGUUUUCCUUUCCUCCCCACCGUCCGCCUUUUUCUUCACCGCUGGCUUGCUUACCAUCAUCCAUUCCUCCCACCUGAGCAUCCCCCAUCUUUGUCUACACCUCUUCGCGCUGGCCUUCGCAGUAGAGCAGAGACUGCUGGAAAUUUUCUUAAGUGCAGAUAGGUAUUUGAUUUGACACAUUUAGAGUACUGCAACCUCUGAUAUUCACGGUCUAAGAAUGCCAGAGUGAUGCUAGUAGGACCACAAACCCAAUGCCAGAGUGAUGUCAGCUACAAGCUGGCCCCCAAUUUGGUUUUGGGGUUGUCUGAUUCAUCAGACUUGUCUGCCAUACCUUGGCAUUGUUAGAAGGG